UUUUAAAAAAUCCAGACUUUGCGUGCACAGUAAUGACCUCGCGUUUCCGAUUGCCUGCCGGCAGAAACUAUAAUGUGCGAGCAUCAGAGUUGGCCUGGGACAGACAACAUACAGAAGUGGUUUGCAGUGUCCUUCUUCUGGAUAACACUGUGCAAGUUUUCAGAGUUAAUAAACAUGACCAGGGGCAAGUUCUAUUGGAUAUAGUCUUCAAGCAUCUUGAUUUGACUGAGCGAGAUUAUUUUGGUUUACAGUUGACUGAUGACUCCACAGAUAACCCAAGAUGGCUCGACCCAAACAAACCAAUAAGGAAGCAGCUAAAGAGAGGAUCUCCUUAUAAUUUGAACUUUAGAGUCAAAUUUUUUGUAAGUGACCCCAACAAAUUACAAGAAGAAUAUACAAGGUACCAGUAUUUUUUACAAAUUAAACAAGACAUUCUUACUGGAAGGUUGCCUUGUCCUUAUCAUACUGCUGUCCUGUUGGCUUCAUUUGCUAUUCAAUCUGAACUUGGAGAUUACAGUCAGUCAGAGAAUUUGCCAGGCUACCUCUCAGAUUAUUCUUUCAUUCCUAAUCAACCUCAAGAUUUUGAAAAAGAAACUGCAAAAUUACAUCAGCAACACACAGGCUUAUCUCCUGCAGAAGCAGAAUUUAAUUAUCUGAACACAGCUCGUACCUUAGAACUCUAUGGGGUCGAAUUACACUAUGCAAGGGAUCAAAGUAACAGUGAAAUUAUGAUUGGUGUGAUGUCUGGAGGAAUUCUGAUUUAUAAGAACAGAGUACGAAUGAAUACUUUUCCAUGGUUGAAGACUGUAAAAAUUUCCUUUAAGUGCAAACAGUUUUUUAUUCAACUUAGAAAAGAAUUGCAUGAAUCUAGAGAAACAUUAUUGGGAUUUAAUAUGGUGAAUUACAGAGCAUGUAAAAAUUUGUGGAAAGCAUGUGUAGAGCAUCACACAUUCUUCCGUUUGGACAGACCAAUUCCACCUCAAAAGAAUUUUUUUGCACAUUAUUUUACUUUGGGUUCAAAAUUCCGAUACUGUGGAAGAACCGAAGUCCAGUCAGUACAGUAUGGCAAAGAAAAGGCAAAUAAAGACAGGGUAUUUGCAAGAUCUCCAAGCAAGCCCUUGGCCCGAAACUUAAUGGAUUGGGAAGUAGUAAGCAGAAAUUCCCUAACUGAUGACAGAUUAGAAACACAAAGCCUUCCCUCACGGUCUCCACCUGGAACUCCAAAGCAUCGGAAUUCUGCAUUCACACAGGAAGGCACUCGGCUACGACCAUCUUCAGUUGGACAUUUGGUAGACCAUGUAGUUCAUACUUCUCCGAGUGAAGUAUUUGUGAAUCACAGAUCUGCAUCAUCAACACAAGCUAAUAGCAUCAUUCUGGAAUCAUCACCAUCACAAGAGUCUCCUGAAGAUGGGCAACCUCCAGCUUUACCACCCAAGCAAUCCAAGAAAAACAUUUGGAACCAAAUUUAUUAUUCACACUCUCAGCAAGACCUGGAGGAUCAUAUCAGCGAAACAUUUGAUAUUCCAGCUUCUCCAGAAAAAUCUGCUCCAAAUGGUGGUAUUCCACAUGAUAAUCUUGUUCUAAUUAGAAUGAAACCUGAUGAAAAUGGAAGAUUUGGUUUCAAUGUGAAGGGAGGAUGUGACCAGAAGAUGCCUGUGAUCGUGUCCCGAGUGGCACCAGGAACACCUGCUGACCUUUGUGUCCCUCGGCUGAAUGAAGGGGACCAAGUUGUACUGAUCAAUGGUCGUGAUAUUGCAGAGCAUACCCAUGAUCAGGUUGUUAUGUUUAUUAAAGCAAGCUGUGAAAGACAUUCUGGGGAACUUGUGCUCCUAGUUCGGCCUAAUGCUGUAUAUGAUAUAGUGGAAGAAAAGAUAGAAAAUGAGCCGGACUUCCAGUACAUUCCUGAGAAAGCUCCACUAGACAGUGUUCAUCCAGAUGACCAUUCACUGCGGGAGUCAAUGACCCAGCUCGCUGAGGGGCUUGUCACUGGAACAGUCCUGGCACAGUUUGACCAACUAUAUCGGAAAAAACCUGGAAUGACAAUGACUUGUGCAAAAUUACCUCAGAACAUUUCAAAAAAUAGAUACAGAGAUAUUUCGCCUUAUGAUGCUACGCGGGUUAUUUUAAAGGGUAAUGAAGACUAUAUCAAUGCAAAUUAUAUAAAUAUGGAAAUUCCUUCUUCCAGCAUUAUAAAUCAGUACAUUGCUUGUCAAGGACCAUUACCACACACUUGUACAGAUUUUUGGCAAAUGACUUGGGAACAAGGUUCCUCCAUGGUUGUGAUGUUGACAACACAAGUUGAACGUGGCAGA